GAACAAACCUCUGGUACUUAGUUCUGCCACUUCUUAGAAGAAUGUCAUUUAUGUCAGAGGAUAUGGAAAGAUUUAUUCAGACUGGUAAUACUUUCUACAAUUGCUUACUAAAACUUAAUUCUUCCAUAAAUACCUUUAUUCAAUUACUCACCAAUUAUCUGGGCUGCCAAAUACCUUGUAUCAUUGUGAAUGAAAGUGGAACUGUUAAGGAUUAUUUUGAAGAAGUAGUAUGUUCUUUGAAGAAAGUCCAGGGUGAUAUUGAAUCAAAAGACAAAGCCAGGACUGAAUGUUCUCAAUUUUCCAAGAUAACAGCAACCAUGACCUCUGUGUUGGAGAAAGACCCCUGUCUAAUAAAUGCUAAAAAGUUAUGUGAAACAGCUAAAGAAAUUUCUGACUGUACCCAGCUGCCACUUGUUCUUAUGCUGAAAAAAGUCAACUUCUUUGAGAGUAUGGAAUGUGCUCUUGCCCAGCUGAUGAGGUCCUCAAUCAUGAGCCUCCGACUGACCGACCUCCGUAAAAAAGAUCCAUGUGAGCAACCAGGACCUGCCAGAGCUCCAGAGAAGAGUAGUUGCCUAACUUCUACAGCAAUGUCACCUACAGACAUCCCAGAGAAGUUGAGCAAACUGAUAGAUUGCCAAACCUCCAUUAAUCCCCCAAUGUCAGCUGCAGAUAACCUCCAAGAAAUUGUCAAGACUAUGGAACCUGUUGCAGACAAACUACAACAAGUCGCUAAGGCUAUAGAAGCCAAUAUGGACUUAUUAAAAUUAACUAAGUAGCUCUACAAUUAGUAAGUAGUGGAACUGCAGGGGAGACGUUUUGCUUAGUAGAAGAGCAGUUUUCAUCCGAUGAUUUCUCACCAUAAAAGCUAGGAAAUUCCUUUACUAUUAGAAGAGAGGCACUUUGAUUUUAGGAAACCUAGGCCUGUUAUUUAAUUAGAAGUAUGAGGAUAGGCAGCUGUCAAACAGCAAAUAAUUUACUUCUCUUCUUGCUUGUUUAAAUCUCAGAUAAAUCCCCUUUGGAAUGGCAUCUGCUUAACAAAAGAUAAAAAUUGCAAAAGACCAACA